ACCGCUAGAUAUCCUCAGACACGGACACAUGACGCAUUUUCCAUCACCAGUAUAAAUACGAAGCAUCAUUCUCCGUCAGCACCCGAGACUCGCAGUUCAGAGCUUCUCUGCUGCACCAAACAGUCCAACAGCCCGCCAUGCGCUCUACAGAGUAUCACCAUGUGAUGCGCACCGGGUUCUCCGCGGAGUAACCGAAUCUCUCCAAACACAUCGAGGUUACCAACAAUGGAGGGCGCAAACAACACGACAGUCUGGUAUCAGUUUGAAAACUCUUCUAACAAACUAACCAAACCCGAGGAUGAGGAGGUGAAGCUGAGUUAUCAAGUGAUCACAUCCUUCCUGCUUGGUGCGCUCAUCCUGUGCGCAAUAUUUGGGAACGCGUGCGUUGUUGCAGCCAUCGCGUUGGAGCGGUCUCUCCAGAAUGUGGCCAACUACCUGAUUGGUUCUCUUGCUGUCACAGAUCUCAUGGUGUCGGUUUUGGUGCUGCCCAUGGCGGCGCUUUACCAGGUCUUGAACCGGUGGACUCUCGGACAGAUUCCGUGCGACAUCUUCAUCUCUCUGGAUGUGUUGUGCUGCACGUCUUCCAUCUUGCACCUGUGCGCCAUCGCUCUGGACAGAUACUGGGCGAUAACCGAGCCCAUAGAUUAUAUGAAGAAGAGGACACCAAGGAGAGCCGCGGUCCUCAUCAGUGUCACUUGGCUGGUGGGCUUCUCCAUCUCAGUGCCGCCCAUGCUAAUCAUGCGCUCCCAGCCCAGCAGCAUGGCAGAGGACAGAGCGAACCCUAAGCAGUGUAAGAUCAGGCAAGACCCCUGGUACACAAUAUACUCCACGUUUGGGGCUUUUUACAUCCCAUUGACGCUGAUGUUAGUUUUGUACGGGCGAAUAUUCAAAGCUGCCAGGUUUCGGAUCAGGAGGACGGUGCGUAAAACGGAGAAAAAGAAAGUGUCCGACUCCUGCUUGGCGCUAUCUCCCGCGCUGUUUCACAAAAAGACUCAUGGAGACGCUCAAGGGAAGAGCUGGAAAAGGAGCGUGGAACCCCGACCACUGCCGAGCGCCAACGGCGCGGUCAAACACGCGGAGGACGGUGAGUCUCUUGAGAUCAUUGAAGUUCACAGCAACUCCAAAGGCAACCUGCCCCUGCCCAACACCCCGAGCACCGUGCCACUGUUCGAGAACAGGCAGGAGAAGGCGACCGAAGCCAAGAAGAAGAUCGCGCUGGCACGGGAGCGCAAAACGGUGAAGACUCUGGGCAUCAUCAUGGGCACCUUCAUCCUGUGCUGGCUGCCCUUCUUCAUCGUCGCCCUUGUCAUGCCCUUUUGCCAGGAGUCGUGCUACAUGCCCCGCUGGCUGGAGGAUGUCAUAAACUGGCUGGGUUACUCCAACUCUUUACUCAACCCCAUUAUUUACGCGUACUUCAACAAAGACUUUCAGAGCGCUUUCAAGAAAAUUAUCAAAUGUCAUUUCUGCAGACCAUGAUGGCGCUUUUUCUUUCACCAUGGUGUCACCACAGACUGACUGGGUCGCUGGUGUUUGAACUGAAGGCAUCCAGGCAAAAAGAGACGCGGCCCUCGAAACCCACAGUCUAUGAGGAGACUGUCGAAGCUAAAUCUUAAAAAGAGGGCUCAUAAAGAUUAUUGUGGAUCAUAUCAUUAUAUAUCUCCAGAGAUGUCCGUAGCCUAUGCAUAGAUGAAGCUGUGAUCGUUUGAUUGAAGCUCAAUGUUUCUCAUCCUGCUCUGUAAUGUCUAAUAAAGAAAUACUUUUAAUAUUU